AUGGCUACGAGCGUCGCGACGAGCAUAAUUAUGGUGCUGGGGGACAUGGUUAUGAGCAACGUGAGCAUGACCAGCAUGACGGCAGGCCAACCGGACAUGACCAACAAGGAUACGGUCAGCAUGGCAACAACCCCUCUGCGUACGAGCAACAAGGCAACAAUUCUUAAGGGUAUCAGCAGCAUGGCAACAGCUCUCACGGAUACGAGCAACGCCCAUAUGGUCAGCAUGGGCACGGCCAACAUUGAUUUCACUCGUACAAGGUCCACUUAUGUCUUGAGGACCUUGAUUCACCCAACGUCCGAGCUGUUUACCUGUCCAGUUGAUUUGGCACAACUGCAUCUGAACAGAGACGCUGUAUCAGCGGCUGAUCGUGCGAUUCGUCGCUUCGUCGUCUCAGUGCUCUGGCUACUUCGAGAUGAAACAGUGUAUUGA